AAAUUGACCGCUUGUUGGUGGCGCUCCCUUUGAAGGAGAAGGAGAAGGCAGAAACUGAGCGACUGGAGACUGGAGUUGACAGGGUUGACUGCAAAGGGAAAGGCGGCUUCAUUCAGAAGAAGCUCUGACAGGUUCAGAGCAAGGCUCUUCGCAAGACUGUACAGAAUUGACAGCCAGCUUGUUUGGUAGCGUCGCGAAAGUUGCUGGUUUUGUGAAGGUGUUCGUAGACAUACUUUGCGUGUUGUGCCCUUGGUUCCAAUGACCAGCAACGAGGAUGGGGCUGCAGAUGCGCUUCUUGGGGAGCCCUCCUCUGAGCACGGGGCACCGGCCGUUGCAAUAUCCAAGCCUGACAUGGAAUUGAAGCAGCAAGCAGGGGGGCAGGACAAUGUUAUCCAGGUUGAGGGACCAGAUGAGAGUUUGAGUGAGGGUUUGGCAGAUAAGGAGGUUACGACGGAAGAAGGGCUGGACGGAGAAAAAGGACCUCUUUUAGCGGAAAGUAGGUCGAUGGAAGCUGGGAGGGGAAAGGUCGGGGAGUCUGAGUUGAUUGAGUGCAGGAUAUGCCAGGAGGAGGAUGAAUUGGCAAACUUGGACACGCCGUGCGCGUGCACUGGAAGCGUCAAGUAUGCGCACCCAAAGUGCGUCCAGCGGUGGUCAAAUGAGAAGGGGGAUGCAGUGUGCGAAAUCUGCCAUCAGCCGUAUAAGGGUUAUACCGCGGUUCCCCGACCCCCUCCCCAGGUCUCCGUGGCUCUGCCACUUGAAUUCGCUGACGACUGGGCGCUUGCGGGGCAGCGGUUGAGCGACCCCCGGUUGCUCCACCAGUACACUCUCGACGUAGACUACAACGAAUAUGAGGGGCAUGCGAGCACGACUGCCUGGUGCAGAUCGGCCGCUUUGAUUUUCAUGGCGUUGCUUCUACUGCGCCACGCACUGGGAAUGAUUGCAGCGGGGGCGGACGACGACGAUGAGACUCCAGCCAUCUUCACGGUCUUCCUCUUAAAGGCGAUCGGGUUUAUCCUCCCGUGCUACAUCAUGGCACGCGCAAUCAGUGUCGCACAGCAGAGGCGUCAGCAGCAGGAUGCGAUGGCUUACUUUGUACAGCAAGGACACGUGCGGGGAGUUCCGAUCGUGGUGGCUCCGAGGAGGCUACCUGAAGGCGUUGUGUAAAGUAUUUGUAAGUGUUAGGGUCUGCCGGGUGCUUCGCAUGAAAAGUGUCAAAUCUUGGAGAAAGAGUUGUCGGCUGAAUGAAGUCUUUAGGUCUACUAGAGUUGUCGACCGAACGAAGUCUUUAGGUCUAUGAUAUUGUAGGACGAGUUGCUGUAUGAUGGGUCUCUUUGUAGUCCCAAUCGUGUUGUCUGCACACUGCUGCCCAAAAACUGUCGUGAUUUUGGGCAUUGAGCCCGUGUAUUUACUGAUGCUGUUAAGCAAAAUACCUGUAUUGCGUGUUUGUCUUCCGGCCAGCCGCUAACCAAUGGAAAAAAGUCUG